UCGGUUCGGCUUUCGCGCGCUAUACUUAUGUUGCCGCGUAUUUAAUCAGAACUUUGAACGUUCGAAUUUUGAAACAACAAUGACUUUUUAAAUGCAACCAUAGACAAUAAAAAUAUUACACUAGUGGCAUAUGAAAACUUUUUCCUAAUUAGGUCUUACAAUCAUGUAAAAAAUCCGAGGGUGUUUUAUUGGUGUAAUUCAGAGGCAGUAUGGUGGAUGUCGGUGGUAAUGAGUGUCAUAACACCAUAAACGGGAGGAACCAAUUUGUAUUUCUCGUUUUUGUGCAUUUGUUACUUAUUGGACUGAAUGGAACUAAUGCGCAAAAUCGAGCACCGCGUAUAAAAGAGCACCCAUCCAGCACGGUAUCCGGCCGCAGUGAACCGGCGACCCUACGGUGUGUGGUGGAAGGCAGACCUAAGCCAACCGUGCAGUGGUUCAAAGAUGGUGCACCUUUACCACCGGCAGAAGAUGGUCAUAGAGUGCUUUUGGAAGACGGCCUAUUAUUUUUAAGGGUAAACCGGGGGAAGAAGGAGAGUGAUGAGGGGAUUUAUUGGUGUGUGGCUCGCAAUAUAGCCGGGGAGGCUGUAAGUCAGAACGCUUCAUUAAAUGUUGCUGUUCUACGUGAUGACUUCAGGGUUGAACCUAGAGACGUUCAAGUGGCUGCAGGGGAGCCGGCUUUAUUAGAAUGUGUGCCUCCUCGAGGUAUUCCAGAACCGUCAAUGCAUUGGUUGAAAGAUGGUCAAUUGUAUGAUAUUGAAGUUAAUGGAAGGGUAACAAUAAUAGAAACUGGUAGCUUGAAAAUAGUAGAAACAUUGCCAAAUGAUAGUGGUCUAUACAGAUGUGUUGCAUCAAAUAUAGCCGGCGAGAGACAGUCCAGAGCUGCAGCUUUAAUUGUUUUAAGACGCCCACAUUUUGUUGUGAAACCUAGUAAUGUAACAGCUUUAGUUGGACAAAACGUAGAAUUAAAUUGCCAGAGCUAUGAUACAAGCGUAAAAAUAACAUGGGUCAAGGAAGACGGCGUGUUGCCGUCACAUGCAACAAUAAUCCGGGGACUAUUACGGUUGGAACAGGUGUCCGCAUCCGAUGCGGGUGUCUAUUCCUGCCGGGCAGAUAGCCACGCCGGCACGAGCAUCGCCAGCGCAUCACUAACCGUUUACUCUUUACCGCACUUCACGCAGAUACCGUCCAAUUUGACCGCAUGGGAGGGUGAUGUGGUGUCCAUUCCAUGUGAAGCCAAAGGCUUACCGACACCUACCACCUUUUGGAUACUAGAAGGCACUGAAGACUCUUUGCUUUUUCCUGAGUGCACUAGGAGUAAUUCAAGUCUGUUGUAUCUGGACGAUGCGAAAGUGGAACACGGCGGAAGGGUUAUCUGCGUUGCAGUAAAUGCGGCCGGCAGUGUUAUGCAAGAAGCUUAUCUAAAUGUGUUAAAGAAAACCAAUAAUCCAUUGAAAGCCCGCUCCUCAGACGAAAACUUCGGUAAUAAUUAUGAACACGAGGUUCGUAUGACAGAGUAUGAGUUUGUUCAAGCAAGGAAGUAUUUACAACAAAAUGUUUUAGUCCUAAGGAGGGUGGAAACUUUGUCGUCGAGUUCUCUGAAAGUUGUUUGGGACGUGUUAACAGAUUACAACGAAUAUUUGGAAGGAGUUAAGAUUUGGUACAAUGGAACUUCUAUGAACUGGCGCAAUAGUACUGAAGAGAUAACAAUAUUAAAUUCGUCUCAACUAGAUACUUGUCCUAAUGGAUCUCUGACAAACGUUGAUAACAGUGGGUCAUCAAGCUAUAUUUUAUCUGGGUUGUCGUCGUACACACAGUAUGAUAUUUUUCUUAUGCCGUUCUAUAAAAUGUUGCUUGGGAAACCUUCUAAUUCGAUGACAGGUUAUACGGAUGGGGAUGUUCCAUCCGCACCGCCCCAAAGCGUGACAGCGGGUGUAAUUAACGCUACUUCGGCUUGGAUACGAUGGGAACCACCACCUGCGAAUACUUGGAACGGGGAACUUACAGGCUAUUUGAUUGAAAUUCGUGUGGGAGGUGGCAACAGCGGUCGUGUGGUAGGUCAAAUGUCUCUCGGGGCGCGUACUAGGGCUGCAGCGGCGAGUUCUUUACGAUCCGGAGGCCGCUACAGUGCCAGGGCUGCAGCUGUCACUCGUAGAGGUCAUGGACCGUUUAGCGCGCCCGCUCAAAUUCACAUGCUGCCCAUGCAUUCGCAGAGACAUUAUGUGCAGACUGAACCACCGAAUGAUGCCUCAAUACCGCAUUUACUUCAAGAGACAUGGUUGCUUGCUUUAGCGUUAACUUUAUUCUCUAUUAUUGUGAUUGGCAUCGUUAGUAUCUAUUACAUAAAGCGCCGCAACAAUAUCCAAAGGAAGAAGUCGAACGGUCAAUCUAUUGUUACGGCUCAACAGUGUCUAUUGAAUAAAGAUACAAUUUGGCUAAGAGACCGACCAGUGUUUGCGCCUCCAGAUUCUGGGUUAGACGUUACGAGCUGCCACCAAAGUUUAUUGCAAGGUGGUCAUUCACCAAACAUUAUGAACGUUGAGCCGGAGUAUUGCCUACCCCAAAACUCUAUCCAAGGUUUAGACACCUCAAGUGUAGACAGAAUAAAAAGGGGCCCACCGGAACCCUACGCUUCCAGUGCUAUUUACACUGAACUCAAUUUCAAGGACAAUGGUGACAUCGGAGAUGCUCGAAGUUGUCCGGAAAGGCGAUCUCACAACAAUAGUAUUGUAAGAUCGUGCAAUGGCAGCAUUCAAUAUUCCAAUGGGGAAUGUUCGACAUGUUGUCACAGCACUUCCAGUAGAUCAACAAAAGAUUACAGGGAAAUGAGACAUGAGAACUUACACAAUGAUGUAAAUAUAGUUGAAGAUGAUUGUGCUUCCUGUCACACAAAUAGAUCAGGAUCAAGGAGUCGACAGGACAAAAGUAAAGUGUGUCCUGCUAGUGAUUUAGAAUACGACUACCCCCAAUGGCAUUGGUUAGGAAGGGAGAAUAGUUUUAAAAUUCCCGUUCAGUCAGGACGACAUUCGAAUAUGGCGCGGUCCGAGCAAGGCUGUCAAAUAAAUCUUAAUGAUAUACUGCCACCACCACCCUACGAAAGUCCUGAGAAUAAAGGUCAAAAUAAGUAAUGUUAUGGUCAUCGUAUUUGGUAGUUAGUAGUGAAGUAAAAAAAGAAACGUAAAGCAAUAUUUAAUAUCAUUUUUUUUUCAAUGUUAAAAGGUCUUAGAUCCAGUGAGUAAUGUAACUGUUACAAAAAAUAUGUGUGUCUAUUUAUACUAGUUAGGUAUCUUUCAGAAAUGUCUUUUUACUACUGUCUUAUGAAGCUCAAGGGUAAUGAACAAUGUAUGACAAUUCUUUUUAUACAUAUAUUAUCUGGCAUCCACCACAAUAAUGCCUACCGUUGUGCUAAUCUUUAGAUAUCAUCCCAUUAAUUAAUG